CACCACGGACGCGUCUCCAUGACCUGCACCGCCCUCAACGGCUGCGUCCCCGCGUUCGCCAAGCGCGUGCCCCUGAAACGCCUCGAUCGCCGCGCCGUCGGAUCGGCCGUCUCCAAGUCCCUCUUCUUCUCCGCCCCCAUCAGGUCGCCCCGGCAAAUGUCCUCCCCAGCCGCGAACGCCGCGACCGCCGACGGCGCGCCGAAGAAGAAGGUCCUCGUCCCGGUCGCCGACGGCACCGAGGAGAUCGAGGCCGUGACCGUCAUCGACGUCCUCCGACGCGCGGGCGCCGAGGUCGUCGUCUGCUCCGUCGAGGACGAAGGCCGCGUGGAGGUCACGUGCUCCCGCGGGGUGAAGCUCGUGGCGGACGUCAACGUGAAGGAUGUCGCGGGACGAAACGCGCCGAACGACUGGGACCUCAUCGCCGUCCCCGGCGGCAUGCCGGGCGCCGAACGUAUCGCCGACCACAUCAAGUUCGACGCCGUGCUGAAGAAGCACUUCAUGGCCGGCAAGUUGAUGGCGGCCAUCUGCGCGGCGCCGGCGAUUUGUUUCGAGCCCAAGGGGUUCCUGGAGGGAUACGCCGCCACCGCUCACCCGGCGUUCGUGGACGAGCUCGGCGGGUCGCUGCUCGAGAAGAACAUCUACGCGGACAGCAGGGUCGUCGUGGACAAGACGGUGGUGACGAGCCGCGGGCCGGGGACGGCGCUGGAGUGGGCGCUCUGCCUGGUGGAGCAGCUGUACGGGCAGGAGCACUGCAAAAAGAUCGCGGCGCCGAUGGUGGUGCAGCCGGCGAACGCGCGAAUCCGGGGGAAGCUGGAGUGGAGGCUCGACGAGGCGCCCCUGCCCGCGGAGUGAGCGACACGACAAGGGAGGGCGAGAGCGUUACCCUUGAUAUAUCUGACAAAGUGAUG